CGCGGGAAUCCUGUACCGCCGCAGCUGCUCGUGAGGACCCGCGGUCCAGCCUGACGGUCCAGGCUGUUUGGAGGCGAGCUGAGCUCCGCACCGCAGAGGAUUCUUCUUCGCCUACCGCUGAUCUGUCUGCAGCCCGUCGAUACGGAGCCAUGCAGGCGUUUCUGAAAGGAACCUCCGGGCCGACCAGCAAGUCUCAGAAAGACAAGGCGGCGGCGGCGGCCGGGCCCAGCACGGAGAAGAGGGCCAGGGCCGUCCCCUGGGUGGAGAAAUACAGGCCGAAGUGCGUGGACGAGGUGGCGUUCCAGGAGGAGGUGGUCGCCGUGCUGAAGAAGUCCGUGGAGGGCGCCGACCUCCCCAACCUGCUGUUCUACGGCCCGCCGGGGACCGGCAAGACCUCCACCAUCCUGGCGGCGGCCAGAGAGCUGUACGGGCCGGAGCUGUACAGGCAGCGAGUGCUGGAGCUCAACGCCUCCGACGAGCGGGGGAUCCAGGUGGUCCGGGAGAAGGUCAAGAACUUCGCCCAGCUGACGGUGGCCGGGAGCCGCCCGGACGGGAAGCCCUGCCCUCCCUUCAAGAUCAUCAUCCUGGACGAGGCGGACUCCAUGACGGCGCCGGCGCAGGCGGCGCUCCGCCGCACCAUGGAGAAGGAGUCCCGCACCACCCGCUUCUGCCUCAUCUGCAACUACAUCAGCAGGAUCAUCGAGCCGCUCACCUCCAGAUGCUCCAAGUUCCGCUUCAAGCCGCUGGCGAGCGGCGUCCAGGAGCAGCGCCUGCUGCAGAUCUGCCAGAAGGAGAACCUGAAGCACACCGCCGAGAGCAUCGCGGCGUUGGUGCAGGUGUCGGAGGGCGACCUGCGUAAGGCCAUCACCUUCCUGCAGAGCGCCGCCCGCCUCAACGUGGACAGGGAGAUCACGGAGCGCGCCGUGGUGGAGAUCGCUGGGGUCGUCCCGUCCAAGACCAUCGACAACCUGCUGCACGUCUGCUUCAGAGGGACGUUCGAGAAGCUGGAGGUGGAAGUGCGAAACCUGGUGGACGAGGGCUACGCAGCCACACAGAUCCUGAACCAGAUGCACGAGUCCAUCAUAGACCAGGACCUGAGCGACAAGCAGAAGUCGGUGAUCACAGAGAAGAUGGCGGUUGUCAGUAAGUGCCUCUCGGACGGAGCAGACGAGUUCCUGCAGAUCCUCAGUCUGUGUUCCGUCAUCAUGCAGGAGGCGUCGCACAACUGAGGCCUGGGCUCUUCGUCGCCGGAGUCUUCCUCACCCACAGUCCCCCUUUACUGCUCACCAAUGAUCUGCUCUCUUUUGUAAAGUAAUAAAUGGCUU